CACAGCGGCAAAUUGAAAGCCCCUUCGACACGAAAAUUCCCUCAGCAUCUUCAAAUGACUUGCGAAAAACGAAAUCCCUUUUUGUAAAUAAAUUGCCAUUGAAAUUGAAUCCAGAGAGAGAGAGAGAGAUAAGAGAGAGAGAGAAUAGAGAGAGAGAGAGGAGCAGUGGUAAAGAUGGUGCUAUGGGAGAUAACAUUGGGAACGGCGUAUUUCCUAGGUCUGAAAAGAACUUAUAAACUUGCUCUCAAAAUUCAGCGGAAGCUAAUCACACCUAAACACCCUAAGAUUCGCCAAUUCGUUCAAAGACGAACACGAAAUAUAUUCGAUGUGGCGCUCAAAGUUCAUCUCAAGGUACAAGAAAGAGACAUUGAAGUUGGUCGGAAUGUUGGGAACUGGAUUCUUCGUUGGCUUGAUAAACUGAAGCCUGAGGCUCAAAUCAGAGUGCCUCCCACUAACAUGACAAAGCAAUUGAAGGGCCCGUCACACCUCGAAAAUAAUAGUAAUAAGAGCGGCCUCACAAAAAAUAACGGGAGAAGUAUCGAUAAUAAGGAAUCGGAUAGGCAUCUUUUUACUGCAAGAAACGUUUGGCCUAAACCCUUUCCCACUAUUUCAAUGAUGAUGAGGCCGAGUGGACCUAAUAGCCAGUAUAGGCAAUACGGCACUACCGAUCGCUCCGAGUUUUUUACGGUUGGCAAGUUUGGCCAAGUGCUUAGGAAUGACGUACGCCACUGGAUUCUGCAUCACUAGUCCUGGUAAUUUUGUGCUCUUUCUUUUUUCUUUUUUCUUUUUUUUUUUUUUCUUUUGUCGUUUCGAACUCUUGAGUUUAUAGUAAGAAUUUUGGGAGCAUUAUGAAUUACUGAUUCAGUAUUGGUGAGAUUGAAAAAGCGAAUCUCGCUUAUGUCAUGAACAUGUAAGCACUUGUGCUAUCGUCUUUUCGGAACAAGCUGACGUAUUUUUGAGUUGGUGAAAUUUGAUUUGCAGAAAGAUGUUUCUUGUCGACGCUGAGUACAUGAUGUUGAUUAAGAUUGAAAAUAUUCAACCGCUGAAUCAAGUUUUAUGGAUCGUACUUGGGAACGCCAUUCAUCCUCCGAUCCUUCUAAACAUGAUUAUAAAUAAAUAAAUAAAUAAAUAAAUAAAGACACAAUUUUGGACCAAGUUUUAUUCUUCUUUCCCGAUCGAGAAAGAGUAGUGUAAUCCUUCUAUGAAUAGAUGUAAUAUCUAUGAAUAUUUUUGUCAUUUUAAUUUAUGAUCAAGUGCUGUGUCACCUUUUCUA